AUGUGCAAUGCUAAGUUCACAGCUACCUCAGCGCUUGCAGCCUAUGAGGAUGCGUUAGAUUUCCAUGAUAGAUCAAGGCUGUUUAAAAGAGGAUGUUGCGAAAUUACACCUCUGACCCAAGCUCAACUGAAAAACACCAAUUCUCUAAAAAAAGGUUCAACAGUGUCGUUUGCUGACGAUGAUCAGGAAGUUUUGGAACCUGCUCAAGAAAAAGAACCAACAAAACCACUGAAAACAACCGAAAAAACCGAAACGCUGACUUUCCUUGACGAUAAAAGUCGUAAGAAAAUGGUCAAAUCUGCCAGCGUCUCUAUACAAGAUACUUGUCCAUUUGUGAUAUCUCCCAAGCAUUUUUCCGAACAAGAAGGCUAUGCUGAUAUGUUAUCCAAAGAUCAUAGAAUGAAGACAUUUUUCGAUUUAGAAUUACGCAAACGUGAUGAAUUAUUGGAACUCCAUUUGCAAAUGCCUGGAAUGUUUAGAGAGCUGUUAUUCACCGACGAAGAAGAUGAAACAAUGUUGAAACUACAAAAUUUAGUACAAACUGUGCAUCGUUACAAUGAAACAACCCAAGAGGCAAUGAUGGACUUCAAAUUCAUUGGAGAUUAUUCCAGGAUUGUUAAAACACGAAUCGACGAUUGUUUUGGCGAAUUGAGGAAGGAAGUUUCCAUAACCGAAAAACAAGAAGCCGAAUAUAAGCCGAGGGCUAGCGAAAUUCGUAACUGUAACGCCUUUUGUGCGACAACAAAUUGUCCAACGGAGCGUUGGUAA